AUGGAGAACUCCGUAAACAACUGCGUGAGACAAAAGGUAUUCUCUAAUCACCAAGUCAGAACGAUACACGAAGAAGAAGAUCAAAAAGAGGAGAGUAGUUGGCUAAUCUACUUUGAAGACAUUGAUCACGAAGACGAAAUGGUCGAAGAAAUGAGUCAUUACUACGAUAAUGAUUCAUCGAUGAUCUCAGACGCUGCAUCUCCUGUCCACAACACAAAGAUACAUAACGUUGCUCGUCGAAAGACUAAUAGUAUUAAUACAAACCCUAAAAAGAGACGUAUCCUCCAUCAACACAAAGAAAAAAAACAAGAAGAAGAAGGAGAUGAAGACGAAGAAGAAGACACAGCCUCUUCUCCUUCGAAUAAAACUAAGAUCUUUACUAUUAUUGACAAUUAA